AUGUCAAGUACCUCAUUUGGAACCACAUCUAAAAAAAAUAAGAACAAAUCAAACCCAGCAAUCACAGAUUAUGAUCGUUCGAAGUUGAAGGCACAUCGUGAACAACUUCAAAAAGAAAUUGAUAGAAUUGCUGGUUUAUUGAAAGGCAAAGAUGUUCACAACUCACCAAUUGAUUCGCUGGCUAGUAUUGCAAGUGGCGCUCCAUCAAACACACCAGUCCAUUCUCCAAAACGUUAUAGUUAUUCAAGCUCAAAGAAUUACAUCACUGGUCGCCCCCUGAGAUCACAAGUUAAACCAUUCCAACUACAAGCUUCAUUACAAGAGGAUGAAUCUCAUAAUUUACAACUUGAUGAUAAUCAUCGUCGCUCAAGUAACUCCAAAUUCCUCAGUAUAAACGAUUUGUUGAGCUCCGAAAAUAAUUUUUCAACUCUUCAUCAUGAGUCGUCCCCACUAGGUGAUAAAACUUUGGAUUUCAUAAAUCAAACUUCAGUCACAGCAAAUAAUACUCUUUUCCAUAAUUAUUCUGGUAAUGUUCAGGUUGAUUCUACCAAAAAGACAGAUGUUGGUGAAACUUCAAAUACUAUUGUUCCAAUAGAUGUUUUAGAAGAUCGGAAAUCUCAUGUUGCAAAGGGUGUUGAUAUUUCCAUUACUAGCUCUCAAAACAGGUCAAGAUUUGAUCCUAAUUAUUCUUCACCAUUUGUUUCUAGAACAUCAAUGAAAAGAGAAACUUUCUUUACAAACAAUUAUUCAAACGUUUUGGAUUACGAAGUGAGUAAAAAUCUUUUAGCUCUUUCAAGCUCUCCAAUGCCAAAAUUUGAAACAAGAUUCCCAGAUCCUAGGCCAAUUCAUGAAUUAUUUGAGUCAGUUCCAAAUAUGGAUGAUCAUUUAAGAGAGGAUGAUGAAAGAACAAAUUCAGUCUUGCCAUCAGAUGAGGAAGAGGAAUUCAAUAUAAAAGAAGUUGAUAUUGAAAACUUAGAUGAUGAUCAUGAGGAUUUUGGCUUCAAAAGCGAUAAGAUUGAUGAAGAUUUGAAGAAACCUGAUAAAAACCCAGUCUAUUCAUCAUCUCCACAAGGUCCAAAAUUUGAAGUUUCCUCAAACAUAAGACUGGCUUUACGUAAAAGAAAGCCUGUAAAUUAUUGUAUUGAAUCAACGGAGGGUGAUAAAUUGGGUGAUUCUCCUAAAACUUCAAGGCUGAAAAGAAGAACUCUAAGAUCUUUAAAACAAACCAAACAGCAAGUUUCUUUUGCUUCAUCUUCACCAGCUAAAAGAACAUCAAGUAGUGGUUCAAACAAAUCAUCAUGUUAUCAUAGACGUAAAAAAUCAUUUCUACCAAGAUCAAAAUCUGGUUGUUGGACUUGCAGAAUUCGCAAGAAAAAAUGUACUGAAGAAAAACCAUCUUGUAUUCAAUGUGAGAAUUUAGGGUUGAAAUGUGAUGGUUAUUCUGACGAGAAACCUUUGUUUAUGCAUAAUGCUCAGUUACAAAGAAAAAGAUUAGAUGAAAUUAAAGACCAUACAAGUAAGCGUAAGAAGAUUGGUAUUAAAAAAGCUAAAUUCACUCUUGGAAAUGAUAAUAAUUAUGAUGGUGAUGAGAAUUACGAUUGA